AUGAUCAAUCCGUUCAAGAAGCGUCAGCAACGCAAGGCCGUCGCUGCCGCCGCCGCCUCGAAUCAAGGCGGACCAACCGACUACGGCGCCUUUCCGUCCUCAUCGAAACUUCCUCCACGACCCGGCCUCUUUAUUGCCGCUGCAUCCGCCGCACCCGGCUCUCCACGCUCGCCGCACAGUCCACGUCAGCAACGCGGCAUGCAGGUCGGACAACUGCAGUCGCCGCAACUCGCACAGCAGCCAAGCCUCGACCAUGUCCUCCCACCCACCUCCGACUUUCGUCAGUCGCUCAUCAUGCCCCACCUCACGCGUAGAUUCACGCUGCUCAGAGCGCCGGAUGGAUCGCUCGUCACGCCCGACGCCAUGCGCGCUCAUCUGCGUGCUCAACGCGCUCGUGCGCGCGCCGCCAACCUCGCCAUCGGCUCGGGCAUCGCCAACGACAUCCACUUCCUCACCGAAGACGAGGAGAAUGCCAUUAUCGAACAGUUAAAGGCACAGGCGCGUGCAGAGGGGCGCGACUUUGAUCUCGAGCAGGCCGUCGCCUCCGCCACCGUGGAUUCCUGGCGCAACGGCUAUGCUGCAGGUACCGACGGCUUUGGCUCCUGGGGCACCUCGCUCCCCAACACAGCCCCUCAGCUCUCCAGCUUGACGGAAUCCCUCGGCGACCUGUCCAACAGCUACGAUCGUGCUACCACCGCCUCCGCCAGCACCGCUUCCCCCGCCUGGUCCCCUUUCAGAAAACCCGGUGGCAGUUCCUUCACCGGUAGAAGCUCCGACCGCGACCACGCACACUUUCGCAAUGCACAGAGGAAGCGCAGCAACUCCAAGUCCGACGGCACAACUGCCUCAAAACAAGCGCAUACUCCAGUCGUUGCAGUCGACGAGGCGGCUUCGCAGCCCACAAGUACGGAUGCAUCGGCUGCCUCUGCAUCCACUGCAUGCGAUAGUCCCAGCUCGACGUCCUUGCUCCAAGUCCCGGGCCCCGCAUCGGCCUCGCGCUCGUCGUCCACGCAAGACUCCAACCUGCUCACCACGCUUUCUCCCGAGGCAUUCAAGCGCGUCAGCACCGCGCUAGACGAGGUGUUCGCCCAAAUCGCCUCUCAAAACGGUUCUUCGCCUGCUAGGACCAACGUCACAUUAUCCAGUCACCAGGCGCAGCGAUCUUCCGUUGACAGCGACGCCAACUCCUUCACUUCUGCACUCUCCAACGUCCGCGCUGCCGACAACAGACUCGCGCCGUCCGGUGCCGCAUCUGCGGACACAGCAUCCGAAGACGAAGAUGCCGCAGACACCACCAUCACUGCUCCCGGACCCACGCUCGAUGCUGUGCACAUUGAACAGGGCGGUCUCGCCAUGUCCUCUCCCAUCCGUGAUCUCACGCUGUCAUCAUCACCCGUCCCUGAUACCAUGCCAGGUGCGCUUCCCGGAGGUCACGCCGACUUUUUGCCCGACCUGCCCGAGUCGCAAACCGCAACUCAGCUUCCCGCUCUUGUCGCGUCCGACUCGGCGCUCACCGUGACUGACGCUGCUAAGGGUGCAGAGCCAACUACACAGUCCUUGGCACCUCCCAACGGUGCUGACGGCGCCGACCAUCUGCAGGUCAGUCCAGCGCUUACGUAUCUAUCGCUGCGCAACUCGACUGCGACGGCAACCGAGGUGCCUUCCCAGGCGUCGCGCAUCGUCUCAUCAGCCUCCACCAUCGACGCUCACCGGCCAGGUGUGGCCGAUCCAUCACCGGACGCAAACGUGUCCGUGUCGACAGAAGAGCCUGUCGUUCGACCGACAUCGGAAGCAAAUCGCUCUUCAUUGAGUGGACAAGCUCAUCCGACUGAAGGUGCCGACAACACGCGUCGCUCCUUCCGCACGCCGGAAAUGAGCAAUGCCAACAUGUUUGCCGGCAGUCCAGCAUACUCGACGCUCUCGCGAGGCGACUCGGUCGUCAGUGCAAACUCCGGAAGGUCGAGCCUGGCUGGGCCACCAGCUUCCAACUACAGUUCCUCGCACAGCCGUAAAUCGUCGGUCGACAAGCUGGCGCUUGCAAGAAGCGUGGCUCCCCAUCCCAGCUUGCGCGAACAGCCUUCGCUCUCAAGCGUUCGACGCAACUACAGACAGCACGUGCGAUCCGCUACGGGCUCGUCCGAGGGUAGCCUGCUGGGCACGCACGCUUCGCGUCGCUCUUCUGGAGCCAUGAGUCCCCCUCCCAUGCUCAGCCGAAGCGCACGCUCUCCCAACUACUUUCCCCCGCCUGCUUCGAGCGCUCCCAUGCACGACUACGCCUCUGGAUUCAAGCCCCCUUCAGCGGUGUCGCCCGCCGCGGCGGCUGCACUGCAAGCCAUGGCGGGUCAGGCCAAUCACAGCCCCCAGCCGGCGACCAACUCGGUCACGGACGCGUCGAAUGCGCUCAGGAGCGUUCAGAGCAUGCGCAACUCAGCAUCUACAAGUCAGAGCGCCGCGUCGCCUCAGGUGCCGAGUAUGGGGGCAUUCGGUUCUGGCAGCGAUCGCGCUGCAGUUCCUAGCUCCCCGGAGACGGGAAGCACGAGCUUCAGUCUCCACCAGCGCAACACAUCGCUGAGCAGCUCCAAGCAGAAUCGCCAUACGCAAACCUCGCGGAUCUCCUCAACCGAUGAAGGCUUUGCUGCCCCAAGGCCAGCACCCGUGCCGGGCGCUAUUGCCUCCCAGCCGACCCAGCCAAGCGCAGCUCAAACCCACUUCAACGAGCAAGGCCUCAUGCCUAACCCGCCGUCAGAGCCAGAGCAGGCAGAGCGUUGGCGAGCAAUGUACGGUAUCAAGGCGACCGAUGCUGCCAGCCUUCGUGCGUCCAGUGAGGACGUAUCGGCAGACCCCAACGAGGAGGAGGACCUGUGGGCCAAGAUGGCCUCUGGCUCCGAUCCGACCGGCGCUGAUCGUCCAGUUUCCAGUCUUCCGGCCGGCACAGCCGACGAGCGGUUGGCGGGCACCGGCAUCACGGUCGAUCAGAUCGCUCGCUUCCAGGACCAUCUCAUCCAGUCGGCGGAUGAGAACGAGACCGUGCCUCCUCUUCCUCGUCUUCAGGCGGACGACAAUCUCAAGGAGCGCAGAUUUGCAGAGGCAAAGUCCAAAGGACUCGCGUCGCCGAACUUGGUCAUCGGUACGGGUUCUGAAUGGAGCAACCCAUCUAGCAGAGAGCAGCGAGCAGGCAAUGGCCUCGCAUUUGGGCCUUCCAGCGGAAGGCCGACCGUUGCCAGCCCGGGCGCUCCGCUCGCACGCCAGCCUUCGAGCUCGUUUUCGCACGAUCCCCCCGUCUCUCCGCGCGCGGUCAUGUACGACGUCACCACCAGCCACCGACCGACAUCGCCGCCUCUGCACAGCCGCAACGGCUCGCUCAACGGCUUGCCGAGCCUGCUCGAGCUCAAUGGCUCGGUUGGGCCUCGCAACCGCGAGUCGUUUUCGCUCUCGCAUGCCGUCGACCAGGCGUCUCGGCUGCACCAGCAGUCCAUGUUCACGUCGCCGUCUGUUGCCGAAGAGCCUGCGGGCUCGGAUCAGGACUCACAGGCGGUGCUUCCGAGCCCGCCCGUACAGCAGCAUCCGUUCAAUGCCGGAUACACAAGCCCCAUGCUUCCUGCGGCUGACUCGCGUGGAGUGCAAAACUUCACGUUUCCGCGCAAGACCGUGACGGAGGACAUCGGUGCCUCGCCCCGCAGCCAGGCAAAGCAGUUCCCACCCGAAGACGUAUGGAACCGCUACGGUCCGCAGCAGGACUCGAGCCCGGAUACUUCGUUCGGCACCGACCAUGCCAUGCCGCAGCUGAUGGGCUCGGAUCCCACGCGGCUCUUGGAUGACGUGGCUGCACAGACCAGCGCGGCGACACGCGCGCUCAAGGGCACGGACGACGGCUCCAUGCCAACGCCGCCGUUCCGCACCAAGAGCAUCUCGCGCAAGAAGUCGUUCAAGAAGGUGAGCAAGCAGAUCUCGUCGCCGCAGCUCAUCUCGACCACGCAGAGGCUCGAUCAUGCCAACCAGAUCGCGCUUCCGCCCGAGACUCCCGCUGCUUUGUCGAAGACGAGCAAGCGCAGCAAUCGGUCGCCUGGCUGGGGCAGCCUGGGUCAGGGCGCCCUCGACGGCUCGCGCGGUCAUCCCAAGGCGAGCCCUUCGUCGGCAUCGCAGGGCGGUAGCGUGAGCAAGGGCAGCGGCUACUUCCAUCGCAGGAGAUCGAGCUCGUUCGGUCACGAAGCCAGCCCGUCGGACAGCUUCGGCAUCAAGGGAGGAGCAGAUGGCGCUGCAGCCGAGCAGAUCAACGGCGAGCGUGCCAGUGUGCACCCCAAUCAUCCGUACAUGCACGGAGGCGCCAAUGGAGGCAGCCUCUCGCGGCUGUUUUCCAAGAUCAAGAGCCGCAAGAAUGGCGACCAGGCAUUUGGCGGUGCGACAAUCGAGCCGUUCCCGCCACAGCUGAACGCAGCACGUGCGGCCGAGACUGCGCCACAGCCUCCGCAGCAACUGCAGGCUCCUACACCGGUGCUGCCACCGCUGCCGCUGGAGAGGACCACGCCCUGGACGCUGUCGUCGGUAUCGUCGCCCAAGUCGGUGUCGAGCGACCGCGGGAGCAGCUUGCGCUCGCCCACGUCGCCCGUGUACACGCUGCCCAUCGAUUCGACCUCGAUGCCGCGCAGCAAAUCCAAGAAGCGCACGCCCAUCGUGCUCAAGCGCGAGUCCGAGGUCGUUCUUCCCGGCGAUGCCGCCUACAUGCCGACGGCAAUCAUCGGACGAUCGCCGGAGCAGCGUGCUAGGGACCUGGCAGCGAUGCCCCAGCCGGCUCCGCCCAUCUCGCUGCCGAUGGAGGUCGGCGAGGCGAAUGCCGCCCAGACCGCACCGCAGGAGGCGUCACCAGGAGGGCAAGAGGCGGAGGCGCAAGAGGCCGCAGCCACGAACGAGGAGCACGUCGCAGCUGCCGCCGAGGAUGCACCCGCUGGGCUUGCGGCGGAGGUGGCGGGAGACGAGAUGCGCACGCCUCGGCCGCCGUCGUCGUGGAACGGCGAAGCGGUCGAGGCCGAGGAUGGUGACACCACCCUACCUGCUGCUGCUGCUGCUGCUGCCGCCUCUGCGCCUGCCGAGGAUGGCGAACGGUCGGUUGCCAACGCCCGCAAGUCGCUGCGCGACACGAUUGUGCGACGCACGAUCAUCGUCCCCGCCGGGCUCGAGCUGGGCGACUACCGGCGAUCGAUGUUCGGCUCGAGCCGCAAAUCGCGCCGGUUCGCUGCGGAGGACGAGCCGCUCCCCUCUGCGGGCGCGGGCGAUACGAGCACUGCUGCAGACACCACCGCGAUGCCGGCGGGUGGGGUGGAGGAGGCCAUGUCGACGCUGAGCUCGCGGCAAACGCUGCAUCCGGAUUCGGGCACGGCCGAGGGAUCCAAGCGCGCAAGCAGGGUGGAAAGCUCGUAUGCGGGCAGCCUGUACGACAUGUACGCUGGCGAUGACAUCGAGUUUGGCAGUCCCGGCUCCGAGACGCGUGAGCUCGCGCGGCGGUCCAUGGCGCCCGGUGCCACGAGGCGGCACAUCGAGGUGACGGAGCGCGCCGACGGCAGUGUGGUGUGGCAGGUGAUUGCCGGGCUGGCAGAGCGCGGCAGUGUCUAUUCAGACCUCGACCCGCGACACAGCCGACACAACUCGGACGCGAGUGCGGCCAACCUUGCGACGCUGGAUGCGGCGGCAGAUGCGAACGAGUGGCGCACCCCCGCCGGACUGACGGCGGACGACUCGCGCUCGUUCUUCACGCGGCCGCAGGGCGGGCACAAGAAGUCGUUCAGCUUUGAUGCGAUGCCGCCACUGCCGACGAGUGUGCAGCAGGAGGUGUUCGAGAUUGCCAAUCCUGCGCCGCAGGAUGCGCAGGAAGAGGUGGAGAAGAAGGCGGAACCCACCACGAUCGUGUACCACAACGAUGCGCAGCUCGCAUCUCUGCUCGACGUGCUUGCAAAGGGCAAGGACUCGGCCAAGUUUGAGUUUCAUCUCGGCCCGGACGGCCCCGAUUACCCGCUCGCCAGCAGUGCCGAUGACCAGCCGGUUAUCGGGGACGUGGUCGAUGCAGACGAUAUCGAGCUGCACAGAAACAGGGUCGAGGCCGAGAUCUAUACGCUCCUCAAUCAGCACGCGCUGCGCGCACAGCCUGCAUAG